GCGAAAUAUAAUUUUCAUUUGGCUAGGAAAUUUUGUAUGAACAGAAGUUUCGAAAAGCUAUUAAUGUAUUUAAAAAAAUGGCGUGUUUAAAGGUGUUUUAAAAACUAUCGUUACAGAUUUUUAAAGUUAAGAUGUCUUCCUUGCCUCAAGCUUGGCAUAGCAUCCCUGUACCCAUCAGAAACGGUACAUCCACAACGCCUGAAAUUCAAGCUACUGGAGAAGAGUGGGAUUCACAUUUAUGCUAUGAAACACUUCCAAGUAAACUACCUGUUUAUAAACCUUCUACUGCUAAACUGCAUAUACAUCCUAUGAAAGGAAUACUACCUUCAAGAGAUAUUUCCAAGCCAUCAUCUUCUGGUCCUAAAAAUGCUGAUUCAACUGGCAUACCAAAACCACUAACAACAAAACUGUAUCUAGAUGAAAUAGCCAAAUUACGAAAAAAAUUAACAAAAUUAGAAACUGAAAAAUCUUUUCUGGAAGCCAAAUUAAGAAAGGCAAAUGAAGAAAAUAUGGGAAAUUCAAAAGAAAUUGAGAAAUUGAAAUUUGAAUUAAAAGCUGCACAAAAGGAAUUCCUUGUACAUCCACAAAAUUAUUGCCAUUUCAAAGGUGUUUUGAAAGAAAAAAAUACAGCUCUUAAUAUUCUCGAUAUGUGUUCAUGCAAACAUAGAUCUAAAAUUCCCACCAAGUUCAACUGAUUUCCAACGUUAUGAGCAUCUUAUUCACAUUUUAAUUAUAUUCGAAGGUGUUCAGUUUUGUAAAGCUCUGUUCCUAGUUCAAAAUCUAUUGAUUUCAUCGUACAUUUUAGAAUUCAUCUUAUAUUUAAAGAUUU